AUGUCUGAUCUUGGAGGACUUCUUGAAGGGGCUGAUGUCAAUGUCGACGCAGAUCUUAACCUGGCGUUUGACUGGGGCCCGAUCGGUAUCAUCAUCGGCGGUGUCUUAGCGUUUCUCCUCGUUGUUUUCGUCAUUGCUUAUUUCUGCGGUAGGGGUAUGUGCCGCUGUUGUGACUACACUUGCUGCAAAGGAGAAGCACUCCAGAGUAGUAAAAGAAGAAAUGAAAAUCAAUUACGCAGAGACUAUAUGGCGACGCUAACAGCCAAUAACUCUCAUCAAAAUAGCCAUUUCGAUCCGUACAACAGGACUCUUCCUACAACAAUCAAAGUUGAUGGUCCUCAAAACCGGCCACAAGACCUCGUCGUUUAUCAAAAUCACCAGAUGGCGUAUAUUCAGCCUCCAUUUAAGCCAUAUCAAAGCUUUCCAUACCAGUUUCAGAAGAGAGAACACCCUUUUGGAUCUCAUCGAGCCCUGCCGCUUCCUGUUACCUCGUAUCAGCACUCUCAACCAACUACUAGCUCAAGAAACGGAGACAGACAAAGAAAGAGGGAACGAAAAUACCAUAUUCCAAACCAUUCUUCUUAUAUUUAG